UUUUCUCGCGAGGUUUGCGCGCGGCCAUCUUGUUCGUGUCCCUGACAAGUCUCCCUGUGGGGUCACAGGGACGCGAAGACCGUUUCGGGAACCUUGGCUGGUCAUGCUGUCCCGGGUGGUCCUUUCUGCCGCCGCCACCGCGGCCCCGUGUCUGAAGACCGCGGCCGUCCUGGGACCUGGGGCAUUGCAGGCAACAAGGAUAUUCCACACUGGGCAGCCACAACUUGCCCCUGUACCACCUCUUCCUGAAUAUGGAGGGAAAGUACGUCUUGGGCUGAUCCCCGAGGAAUUUUUCCAGUUUCUUUAUCCUAAAACUGGUGUAACAGGACCCUACAUGCUUGGAACUGGGCUUAUCUUGUAUUGUCUAUCCAAAGAAAUCUAUGUGAUUACCCCAGAGACCUUUUCUACCAUAUCAGUAGUAGGGUUACUUGUCUAUGCAAUUAAAAAAUAUGGUGCCUCUGUUGCAGAAUUUAUUGAUAAACUCAAUGAGCAAAAAAUUGCUCAGCUGGAAGAAGUAAAGCAGGCAUCCAUCAAACAAAUCCAGGAUGUGAUUGAAUUGGAGAAGUCACAGCAGGCACUCACUCAGAAGCGCCACUACCUUUUUGAUGUUCAGAGGAAUAACAUUGCUAUGGCCCUGGAGGUCACUUACCGGGAACGGCUACAUAAAGUGUACAAAGAAGUGAAGAAUCGUCUGGACUAUCAUAUUUCUGUGCAGGACAUGAUGCGCCGAAAGGAGCAAGAGCACAUGAUCAACUGGGUGGAGAAGAACGUGGUGCAGAGCAUCUCUGCACAGCAGGAGAAGGAGACAAUUGCCAAGUGCAUAGCAGAUCUGAAGCUGCUCUCAAAGAAGGCUCAGGCCCAACCAGUUAUGUAAACACAACAUUCUCAGUUGAGACCACCAGAAACAGUGAACUAAAUGGAAGCUAGUCUGCCUCACGGGCUCCUGUAUUACUGUGGAUUGAAAUCACAGUGUUCCUAAGAAUUCAUUUCAUGGGUUAGAAAUCUACCGGCCAGUCAGAUUUUCCUCAUCUUUACUCUGCAUCAUGAAAACUUUGGUGAUCACUUUUGAAUAAGCAGUUUGCAACAACUUGUUGCCUGACUAAAAUUAGCAAUUUGUAACUAAUGCUACCACCAUCUUGCAAUAAAGUGGCAAUUGAAACAGUU